GUGGUGUGUCAAAAAUGUAUUUUUCUGUUUCAGAAAUUCAAGGGAUGAGCCUCUACUGGAAUAUCCUGAACUGAAAUGACCUGCUCCUGAGUUCAUGAGAAGAACCGGGCUCAGCUAUUUCUCUCCUCUGUGACUGCACUUAACUCUUCUUCCUCUGCUCCUAUCUCAAGACCGGAGGUGCACGUGCUCACCCCCAAAAAAGCAGGAGAGAGAACAACUUCCUACUGUGUCAAAGGGAGCUCAAGGCAUUGAACAUGACAAAGCAAAGUUGCUUUGGCCUCUCUUGAAUGCUCUUCAGCCGUAACCCUGAGCCUGCGGGAAGAUAGCAGCCAUCCUGUUCCCUCUUGGCAUCCCUGGACCUGUGGGGGUUCCCUCAGGUAGCCUUCAGGGGGAGAAGCAUUGCCUGUCAGAAUUUCCUAUGCAAAAUAUUCCCUUGGGAACUCUGCUUUCCUUGAAAAAUCAGCAAAGUAUCAAGGCCUUUUUUCUCUUUUUUCCACAAAACUGAGGAUGAGCUAAGUUGAUUAAGCGGACCUGAAAUCCAGUAACCUGCUUUUCAUCACUCAAGACCUCAGCCAAGAAUGUACACGUCUCACCCUGAAAAUCCCUUUAGAAUGAAGCUAAGUGUAGCCCAAGAACAUGCUUUUCACCAAAAGCAGGCCACAUUGCCGAUGAAACAUUUCAUUCCCCAGGCAUUUCAAGCUCCCAGUGCUUUUACAUAUGAAUCUCCAACAAAGGUAUUCCAAAGGAUGAAAAUCAAGGCUUUGCAGGACAGAUGGCAAAAAAACAAGUUGCUUGAGGAAAAUGCCAGUCAAAUAAAUACAGCUUUCUCUCUGACUUCUAAUUUGGAAAGAUCCAUUGGAUUACAAAGUGAAAAUCUUGAUGCAGGUUCAAUUGUACCUGUAGAGCAAGUGGGAUAUGUUGUUGACCAAUCACAAAAGGAGAUGAUCCCAGAAUCCCCCAACAUGAUUUUCCUCCGUAUGAAGUAUCGGCUAAUGAGGAAGAGGCAGUAUGAAGCAUCUCUUUCCUUGGUCAACCAUUCUUCACAAUGUUCCUCUUCUAGUCAGUAUGAAGGAAAACAUGUUUCAUUAGCAUCCUCUAGAAAACUAUGUAUCCCAAUAGAUUUUGCCCCCAAAGGGCAGGGUUGCUUUAAUCAGAAAAAUAUACUAUUUUCACAAAAUGUUCUUGCAGAUGUUGGGAUGAACAAUAUGCAAUCCCGGUGUGUGGAGGUUAAUGCAGAACACCCUAUUUGUAUCCCCCAUAAGACUGGUAUCAAGUUUCCAGGAUAUGAAAGAGAAAGUGCAUCUUGUGUCCACAAUUUCCCAGAAGAAAGAGACCAGUCAAGCAGUGAGGAGAGCAGGGCAGAGAUUGGAAUGAAAAAGACCCCAGAGAGAAACCCUCAAAUCCUCUCCACAUGUCUAAGUCCCUUUCUGCUUGCUUCCCCCAAGAUCCAUAUACCGAGGAAACAGAAACUGAAGGAAGAGUAUAUAUCUCAACCAAAUCCAACACAUAAGGAUAAGGAUGGUAGAAUGGAUUAUAAAAAUGAAAGGCUUGGUUUAAGGGAUCAGGUGUUUAGUGUGACUAAUAGCAAUUCUCUGGGUACUGAAGGAUGCUGGGAUAAUACUAAUGACCAGGAUGGACAAAGUGGUGGACUUUUAGGGCACAGAGAAAACAACCAACUCACUACCUGGCCUGACAAAAGCUGCAGUUUACAAGAAAAUAGACAUUCAGCUCUGAUGAAGCAGAACUCCACUGAGAGACUUACAUUCAGCUCUCUGGAAAACUGGGGAAUAUAUGAUGAUACUUUGCUUAAUAGUACAGGAGAGAAAACUAGAAGAGAACCAAUACAGGCCUCUGAAGAACAAGGAGUGGCUGACAAUUACAAUGUGAUAGAGGGAUCAGAAAAAAUAGAGACUAAAGAUAAAUCAGGAGAUAUGAAAGCUACCAUUGAACAAGAUAGUGGUGAUGGUAAUAUUGAGAUUAUUCAUUCAUCCAACAAAAAAACAUUAGAAGCCACCAAAGUUUCAAUGCAACAUUCUAGAAAUAAAGGCACAACCUAUUACUAUGACUCUGAUCCUCCUGAAGGGAAAAGUAACCCAUUGCUCGAAACUAAAAAAAUUAAACUCAGUAGCUACAGUGGUCGACACCUUAUGUCUCCAUUGAAAUAUUGGAGUGGGGAAAGACAAUUCAUCGACCAUAAAUUAGAAGUGAAAGUCUAUAAGGGUGGUAUAGAUUACUUGUCAGCUCCCUAUUGGGGUAUAAAAUCCUUAAACACUUCAGUGCCUUGCCUCAAGACCACCAACACUGCAAACAUUCAAAAUGAUGGAGGAGGCACCAAGCAAAACAAAAGAAGCGGCAAGCAGAGUGACGCUUUUGAAAAGAAGGUUAAAGCUAGAGACUCAAGUGAAAACAAUGAGGACCCUGAAGAUGUAUCCAUUUGUGUCAAAGGGCAAACUAAUAAAUGUUCCCCAAAACACAUGUUGAAUGACGGAGUUAGUUCAUCUCAGAGGAAUUCACCGAAAGACAGAAACGUGAAAUCCACAGAACUAUCUGUAGUUGACAAUACUUGUGCCUUAUCCUUGCGUGUUGAUACAGAGUCCAAAUUGCAUACGUUAAAGCCGGAAAGUGAUUUAGAUGAGGCACUGAAAAGGAAAGUGCUCACCAAAACAACCAGGCGAUUCAAGAGUGUCUCCUUUGGUGACAGGCAAGAACUCGCUAGGAAAGCUGGAAGAAGCUUGAAGAAAUUAAAAAGUCAGUUUUGGUUAAGUGACAAAUAUGUUGGCUAUCUGACCAAGAGAAUGAUGAUGAAAUCUGCCAAAAACCUUCUUGCUGCCGGGUUAAGGGUGGUGUUGUGGUCAGGAUGCUCAAAUUUUGAAACCAAACCCAACUGAGGCCUCUAUGAGGACCAAGCAGGAGUUUUCUACUCUUUUUCCCUGUUAUCCCUCUUCUGCCCUCUCGGCCCAAAUUGUUGUGUGUAAAUGCUGGUUGUUUGCAUAAAGUAUGCGAAAGACAUGUGCCUUCAGCCAGGCCCUAUCUGCAGGUAAACCCCAUAGCAACAGCCCUGCACUUUAGCCUUCUGGUAGUUGAAAAUCGGUAGUCUUCCACCGAAGAAAGGCUGAGUCCUAAAGUGAAAUGAACUUUCUGGGGAAAUCAGGCAUCACCCUAGAGGAGGUGAAACAAGCUGUAGGUUCAAUGCUGUAAAGUUUAUUGCAGUUACAUGGAGGAGUACUUCGAUCUUAUAGUGUGGUGUGCACACAAAUACAGACCCCAUGGGCUGGAAAAUGCCAUUAGUAAUACAAAGGAAAGUGUUCACCGUAGGUUCCCAAAUGCAUGUCUUUGGGAAAGCCAUUGCUUCAAAGAUGACAAUGGCAAAGUGGUGGUGCUUUUCAUAUUUUGUAUGAUAUUUUCAUAUUUGAGAACAGAGUUGAUGCAUGGGUUAAGCCUCAUGAUAGUAUCCUUCUCCUGUAGUCUUCAUUUUUGCCCAAGUCUGGGAGCCAGGAGACCAGAGGUCCAGUUCCAGCUCUGCCACUAACCUACUGUGUGGCCUCAGGCAAGUCACUUGACCUGUCUGUGCCUCAGUGCCUUGCCCAUGAAAUGGAAGGAAUACUUGCUGUUUUCUAUCUCACUUGACUGUUGAAGGGAUGUAAGAAUGGAUGUGAAAGUGCUUGGGAAAAUAAAGUACUAUUCAAACUCAA